AUGCCAGCAGGGAAGCGACCUAUUGAAGUAAGUGGAGGUGGCGGGGGAGUGGAAAAACCAAAAAAGAAAGCCGCAACCAACACCGCCAAUACCUCUGGCACCAGCGCUAACACUAACGCCGCAGCCACUAGUACCAACAGCACAACGGAUUCACGCAAACUACCCCCGUUGGCCAGCUUGCAAUCGGUUUAUCGGAGUGACUACCAACCGUUUACCCAGUUUCUUCCCUAUGAACCUGCAUUCAGAGACAACAAUAGGGACGCAUCAAAUGCCGCUUCGUCAACGUCGGAACCGGGGACCGCCGCGAGAGGUGCAACAGCGGCGGCAGCAGCAGCAGCAGCAGCAGCGGCAACAGCGGCCGCCGAAAAGAAUAAACAUACAACCCAACCACCGUCAAUGGAAUCUUCAAUCAACAAAUUCAAAGCGUCACCUACCGCAGCAGCCAAAAUAGAAAAAGCCGUGACGAUGGCCAACACCAAAAACAAGCCGUUCACGUGCACCCAUGUCAAUUGCGACUGGUCGUUUGCGCGACAAUCGGACUUGACGCGCCAUGCCAAAGCGCACACGGCCCCGCAGUACCACUGCCCCUACUGGAAAAACGACCCGACGUGCCACAAGAAUUACGGCGCUUUCAACAGGUUGGAUGUCCUCAAGAGACAUUUGAAAUUGGUUCAUUACGUCAAGGAUAAACAACCGCCCGUUGGUGGCGGUGGGAAUAGCGAGGGUGCGAAUGAUAUGAGCGCGGAGACGGAGAGGGGAGUGCUGCCGGGUGAUCCUGGCUGGUGUCGUGCUUGUCAGCGCAUGUUCCCCAAUUCCAAAGCGUUUAUUGAACAUUGUCAUGACUGCGCUAGAAAUACUCAGCCUGCGGAAUGGAUUGAAAAUAAAAGAACUUAUGCUAAUACAUUGGACGAAGGUGGCGGUGGCGGUGGCGGUAGUAACGCUGGUGCUGCUGCACUGCAGCAGAACACGUUUAGAGUAAUAUUGGAUCACAAAGAAAAGAGGUGA